UUAAUUAAUAACCAAAUUAUUAUAGACAGACAAACACUUAUUAUUCAUCACUCCCUGCAUUUGGUUUAUUUAUGGAUGCUUCUUCGCAACGGAAAUACACUGGUGUACGGAAGAGGAAGUGGGGAAAAUGGGUGGCUGAGAUUCGUCUCCCAAACAGCCGCGACAGGAUCUGGCUCGGCUCCUUUGACUCCGCCGAGAAGGCCGCGCGUGCUUUCGACGCGGCUCUUUACUGUCUCCGCGGCCCCGGAGCUCGUUUCAACUUCCCGGAGAAUCCGCCGGAGAUUCCCGGCGGUCGUUCUCUGACGCCGCAGCAGAUUCAGGUCGUAGCUAACCGUUUCGCCUGCGAGGAACCGUUACCACCACCGUCGCAACAACAAGAACCACCGUCUCCACGUGGCGAUAAGACGGAGGAGGAAGGAGGAGGAAUUUCGGCACGUGGGGAAAUUAGUGGUGGUGGUGGUGGGCCGACGUUAGGACAAGUUGGGGAAGAUAAUAACCACGAGGUUUAUAGCAAUAUUAGCAAUAAUACGACGACGUAUAAUUGGCCUUUAAUGUGGGAGGAGAAUCUUGUGGUUCCUACUACGUCGGAUGAGUUUGCUGCUUUUUUCAUGGACGACGAUUCCACGAAUUUGUAUUUCCCGUCGACACAACAACAACAAGAACAUGAGCUCUCGUCUGAUUUUUACUACGAUGGAGCAUCUGUUGUUGAAGAUGAUUACUCUCACUACAGUAUUAACCUUUGGAAUUUCUGAGAUCCUUAUUUUUUUCACAAGCGAUCUUGGACCAAAUAUUCCUCCAUUACUGAAGGUGAAUGAAUCAUUUAAGCUAGCCUCUUAGUUUCCUAUAGUUUCCUAUAGUAGACUAAUCGCGAGUUUUCUUAUUUUUUAUUAUUCUUUUAUAUAUUAAAUUUUACAACCAAUUUCUUUCACAUGUGCUUUGUAUCUAUGUGCUUUUACUGCUUUGUAGUACAUGGCACAUUACUUCCACUCUAGUUUUCUUUCUUUCUUUCUUUCUUUUCUAGGAUUUGCUUGCAGUUUUUUGUGACAAGCCAAUCUU